AUGGUUUAUAAAACAGAUCAAUUGCCUGGACUAUUGCAUAAAGUUUUAGCUAAAUUUUAUGGUCAACCCAAUCAUCAUUUUAUGGCCAACGAUAUAGCGAAUGGACGGUGCGAUUACUUGUGCGGCGGCCAUACAGUAGACAAAUGGCCAUUAAUUAUAGCAUCAAAGUACAACAUUCCGUGUUUGUUAUAUAAACAGGGAUAUGGCAAACAAGUUUUUGGGGAACUAUAUUCGCUGGAUACGAGUUUACUCGAAUUUUUAGACUAUGCCGAAUCCAAAGUAAUUUUAUAUAAACGUAUGGAAACACAAAUUGUUCGGUCUGAUAAUGGGACAAUAUGCAAGGCUUGGGUUUAUUUCAUCAUGGACUUUAAGCCCGAGCUAUUGGAUCAUGAUACUUUUGACAGUUAUGAUACCUAUGGCAAUCAUGGGUUACCAUUUGACGAAGCACAUGAUCCUGAACGUGAUAAAUAUGAUCCAAACACUGAUAUUGUUAAGAGAUUUUUAGUGUUUGUUUACGGAACUUUGAAACCAGGUCAACCAAAUCACUAUAUUUUAAAGGAUCCGGCUUAUGGAGUGGCUGAAUGGGUUUGUACAGCCGAAACUAAAGAUAAAUGGCCCUUGGUAAUCGCAUCAAAAUAUAAUGUGCCAUAUCUUUUGCAUAAAAAACAUUGUGGAAAGCGCAUUAUCGGUGAGAUAUAUUCAGUUGACCAACAAAUGCGGGACAAAAUGGACGACUUUGAGGGACACCCAAAAUUUUACCGACGCCUGGAGGUACAGGUGCUGACGGCCGACGGCACGUCUAUCAAGGCCUGGGCUUAUUUUCUCAAUGAGUUUAAGCCACAACUACUAGAGCUCGAGACUUACGACGUGUACAACACUUAUGGCGAUCACGGCUUACGUUAUGUCGAGGGCUGUGAACGUCAACCAAAUCACUAUAUAUUAAAAGACCCUGAUAAUGGUGUCGCCGAUUAUAUGUGUACAGCUGAAACGGCGGACAAGUGGCCACUAGUGAUCGCAUCCAAAUAUAACGUGCCAUACCUUUUGUAUAAAAAACAUUGUGGCAGGCCACAACUACUAGAGCUCGAGACUCACGACGUGUACAAUACUUAUGGCGAUCACGGCUUACGUUAUGUCGAGGGCUGUAAACGUAAUGAUCCCGAGGCAGAGAUUAACGCACUGAUAGCCGAAAUUAAAUUGAGCAAGUUGGUUUAUCGACUUAGGGAUAAUAACGUGAUAAGGAAUUUAUAG